AUGCCUCCAACUGGUUCAUUAAAUUUGUCGCUUCAGGUGGCGGGUAAUGCGACUGUAAAUACAAGUGGAAAUGAUGAUGAAAGGAUUUGGACUCAAAUAUUAUCUGAGGUAAGCGCUAAUGGUAUGAGCAACAGUGCACCAGGAACAAUUCUCUUCCUAGGAAAUAGGCAGAGUGGCAAAAGUUGGUUAUUGAAUAGACUUGAGAAACGAGAAACAUCUGGUCGUGGUUCUGCUCUAGAAUACCAUUUCUUAAAUGUACACACGGAUUAUAGGGAUGUAAGCUAUGCGUAUCAGUUGGCUUCAGCAGGUGCCGGCGUUGCACCUGGUGAAAGCGUAACACUUCCAGUAUGGGUUUUGGAUGGUGAUGUAGCGUUUGCACCUUUGGUAAAAUUUGCUUUAACCGCACCAUUAAGCAAAAGCAUUGUGAUAUUAUGUGCGUCGAUGCAAGAACCUGGGGCAGUAUUGCCAUCACUGAAUAAAUGGGUAAAAGUGAUAAGUGAUCAGAUCGAAAAUAUAUUUGAUAAAGCUACCGUUAUAGAUGCUCGUAAAUCGCAAGAGUUAUUUUGGCAGGAGUAUGUUGAACCAUUGGAUAGCUCGAUGCAAAGCGAUAAAAUACCAUCCAUGGAAACAGAACAUGUAUUGUUACCGUUGGAACAAAAUAUCUUAACUCGAAAUACAGGUGCUGCAUUAGUAGUUGUGCUAACGAAGAGUGAUUUAGCACAUAAUGAAAUGUCUGAUGAACAGCUCGAUCGCUUACAGUAUCAUGUUCGCAAAUUUUGCAUGGCACAUGGAGCUGCUUUGGUUUACACAUCAGCGAAAGAAGAAAAAAAUACAGCUUUGCUAUACAAAUAUGUUGUUCAUCGAGUGUGUGGUAUGCCAUUCACAACACCUGCUCAAGUUGUUGACAAGGAUUCAGUAUUUGUGCCGGCAGGUUGGGAUAAUGAGAAAAAACUGGAUAUAAUUAAAGAAGCGAUUCCAGAUGUGGACCAUCCAUUAGCGAUGGUGCGUGAAAGACAAUCAAUGCGGGACCAAAUAAUGGAGGCAGAAGAAGAGCAAGCAUUCUUACACAAACUUGCAAGUGUUGAAAUAGCGUCACCGAAACGAACUGCACCGCCGCCGAAGCAGACAAGUGAAGGAGCAGAUGGCAAUUCUCCGCUAGUUUCUUUUUUCAACAAUCUUCUUAGAACCAAAGAGGGUCAGGCUGCGCAGACGAAUCGUGCAACGAUUGAUCCGCAAGCACAAUUACAAAGAAUGCUAGAACAGGUAAACAAUUCGGCAACGUCAUCAGCAGCAAAAUCAAAUGGAGAACAAACAUCAGUGACUCCAGAACUACAUUCAAGUCAACAACAGUCAUCAUAA